AUGGUGUCGUGGAUGAUCUCGAGGAUGGUCGUCCUCGCCUUCGGCACGUUGUACCCAGCAUACGCGUCAUACAAGGCUGUCAAAACGAAAAAUGUAAAAGAAUAUGUUAAGUGGAUGAUGUACUGGAUAGUAUUCGCCUUAUUCUCCACAGCAGAGACAGCCACAGACUUGUUCCUAUCAUGGUUUCCUUUUUACUUCGAGUUGAAGAUCGCAUUUGUGAUCUGGCUUUUGUCCCCAUACACCAAGGGCUCCAGUGUUCUUUAUCGCAAGUUUGUCCACCCAACCUUGUCCAACAAGGAGAAGGAGAUAGACGAUUACAUUGCACAGGCCAAAGACAGAAGUUAUGAGACGAUGAUGAGGUUUGGCAAGAGGGGUCUCAACUUAGCUGCUAAUGCUGCAGUUACUGCAGCCACCAAGGGACAGGGUGUGCUGUCAGACAAGCUGCGGAGUUUUAGCAUGCAAGACCUAACACUCAUCAAUGCGGAGGAUGAGCUGUCUCUGCACUCUUCAGAUGGCCGUGCAAGGCGGGACUCUGUUGAUGACAUGAGCUCAGGAGCCAGCACGUUGCCACGGGCCAGGAGCACCGCUGCACGACAGACUCGCUCCAUGGCUGCUUCAUCCCUUGCAGAUGAGAUAUCAUCUCAACACAGCUCAGACCAAUCAGAUACAAGAACUGAACACUCUGAUGAAUGGAUGGAUUCGGGAGAAAAGGCCCUCAAGCGGACCACCACCACCGCUGCCAAGACAACUAAGAAACCGGCUGUAAAGACAGAGGCUCAAAGCAAGACGGUGAAGAAGGCACCAAAGAAAAAGACCACAUCCAGUGCAGAGACACCUCCAUGA